AUUGGCGUUAGCGACGAGCCAGCCACCAAAUUGCGACUCAAAAUGUUCUAAGUUUUUCUGUAUGACCCACUACAGCGGCACUUCGUCAGAUCAGUAUAGCAUUGAACUCCGAGGAGGACCAUCGAAAUUGUCAAAAUCAAAAAGUAGCGAUAAUAUUAGUUUGAAGAUUGUGCGAGGAGAAAAGCAAAUAAAGGACGAAUUAAUGACGCAGAAAAAAAUUGCAGCUUUUCAUAAAAAUACUUCUGGUAGGACAGGAUUUUUUUUUUCGCUCGACUACAGACUGCUAUGAACGAGGAGAAGAAGUACUAUCAAAAGAACGCAGGAACUACACUUGGCAUCAAAUGAACACGAUAAUAUUAGAACAAGACCAUUAGAUUUUUACAUUCUUUUCACGCCAACUAGAAAACGACAAAAUUAAAACCCGGCGAUAAAAAAAUAUUUCGUUGAAUAAGACCUCCGAUAUUCCAUUCCGCGACUUCUACAGCACUUCCCCCCUUUUCCGCGAAAGUAGAACGCAAACACCAUGGACGACCGCGUGGCGCAGAGCCGGCGGGUGCUGGAGAUUCUUGGCGACGAUGGGAAAAAGCAAAAUUUGUACGAUUUUCUCCCGGCGAAGGGGCAGAAAUUGGUGGACAACCUGUACCCCAUGCUCCAGGACCUUGCGUACAGCAAGAACGAGCUGUGCGAGAUCGUGGAAAAGUGCGACUGCGACGAGGAUGCCGUGCAGCGUCAGGUGGACGCCAUCCUGGCGGAAAAAACCGAGGUGACAGACGCCUGGAAACCGGUAAUCUCCAUAUGAAAGUGCACAACUCCCCCUCCCCCGCAUUAGUAAUGCAAAAUACCAAAUCCACCCUUUGCCUGUUAGUACUGUUUGCAUGACAGAUUCCGGCAUCCGAAACAGCACUACAAUCUCCUAGGAAUUUGUCAUGCAAAAGCUGCAUCUUUUUCUUUGCCCGCGCUUGUGUUGCUGUUCAUGCAACGCAAAUGAGGGUGAGGGGGAGUUGUGCCCUGUCAUACUCCAAGAAGGAGCGCCAGAAGAUGGCGGUCGAGGAAAGAAAACGACAGGAAGAGGAGGAGAAGAAGCGUUUAGAGGAAGAGAUAUCACACAGAAAAAAGCCGGCAGGUCACAUCAUUAGUAAUGCAAAAAUAAAUACACAGAAAAUUUUUAAAAAAAAACUGUAUUGCAUAUGCUAUGCUAUGGGUCCGCCCAUGACAGAUUAUUUAUCAUUAUAUUUGCAUUACAAAUCUGCAGGCUUUUUUCUCUGUGAUAAGAGAAGAAGCGGGAAAAGGCGGAAAAAAAGGCAGCGAAGAAAGCCGCGGAGGAAAAAUGGUGGGCGGAUUGGGAGGAGGUAUUUUCUUCAACAAUUUCACGACUGCUUGUAUCGCAAGAGAACUAUUACCUAGUAAUGUACUUUACUGUCCUGCUCCUGAAGGAAACUUCAACUAGAACUGUAUCUAUCAGCUCUCUUUUUGUCAUUCGCAUUCGUGAAACACAAAUCAGGGCUCCAAGAUGUUGCUUGGGCUUGAUAAUGAUACAAGAGUGCAUGUUUGUCGUGUAAAUUCUUAUCACAAUUACCAGGAAAAGCGGCUUCAGAAGGAGGAGAAGAAGCGCAAGAAGGAGGAGGAGCGCAAGGCCUGGGAGGAGGAGGAGCAGCGCAAGCUCGACGAAAAGAAGGCCAAAAAAGAAGCCAAAAAAAAAGAGAAAGAGGAGUGGUACCGCAACCACAUCUGGGACCGCGAACUGAACGACUGGCGCGAGAUCACGGAGGCCGAGCGGCCCAAGACGCUCGGCGAGUUGACCCGCGCAGCCGCGCAGCUCAGCGACAGCCCCACACAGAGCAAGGAGUCCACCGCCAGUAAGUUGGGGCAGGUGCACUUGCACACGACGGAUGACGACGACGGGUACAACUACAAGGGCGGCAAGAAGGGCGGCGCGGCGGAUCAUACUUCUUAUGGGAAAAUGAACAAGAAGGGCGGAAAAGUAGUUCUUGACCCGUACAAUCAGGAUGAGCGAGAUCACCAUAUUGCGAGCCGCAAGGGCGCCGGAGGCGACUACAGUAGUCCGGAACGGGGGGCCAACAAGGGUGGAAAGAUGACCAAGAACAACGACGAUGGUCUGAGCGCAGGAGCUGCUCCAUCAGGAGCAGUCCCCGCCCACCAGCAAGCCAUGGGCGGCAAGAAGGGUCCGGGGUACAUAUCAAAUAUGGAGCGAGCCCGCGCUGCGAAGCAGGCCAGCAUGGUGGAAGGGAAAAACAGUAGGGAAUCGCCCCCAGGAAGUCCAGAGCGAAGCGGGCCAGCAGGCGGAAAGAAAGGAAUGAUGUCGCCGCUUUCCAAUAAGCAGGUAUGGAUCAUCAUUUUCGUGCAUGUUAUGCAAUACAAAUUUCCCUUACAACAUGAUGUACAAAAUGCAUCACAAAUAAUUUCGCCAACUUGGAGCAUACCAUGCUAGGCAGUAUUUUUGAAGAGAAGUUUAUUUCGCUUUGUCAUGCCGAAACUGCAAUCUCAACUCCCAUUCAGGCGUACGACGACGCGCCCGACUACGGCGCGGUACCCGGUCUGGACGGGUACGACCGCUUCAACGCGACGCCCUCAACAAAAAACGCCGGAAGUAAAUUCGGCGGUCCGCUCGCGGGAAAGAAGGGUCCGAAGAAUGAUGGAAAAAGCAACGGGAAGGUACUUGCGCUAGUUAUCCGGCGCCUUUGAGGAUGUCUGUGCUAAUGGUGCUUCCAUGGUAUGCAUUGAUCGGAAAACGAAAAGUAUCCGUACUAUUUGUGCUUCAAAUCGCAUAAAAAUGCACACACAGAUUUUCAUUUAUAGAUUCUUGCAAUUUCGAACGACUCACAGGGUGGCGAUGAGGUGCUCUCAGGAUGGGACGACUUGCAAGGAGAGGAGAAGGGCAAGAAGUCUUUCAGCGUACAAAUGAUAUGUUCUAAGCGCAUUUUUAGUUAUUUCAGGUAUGUUUAAGGGCACCACAUUGGGUUUGAUAUACAAAGAAUCUAGUUAGACUUACUAUUGCCUAGAAGACCAAAAUGAAAAUUUUUGAUUUCGUAUCUGUUCAAAUCGGCAACUUUGGUCACAGCCCCGUCCGUCCAAGACGAAUUACGGUUCCCUGCACGACAGUCCGAACCACGGCCACGAGACGCAAAUGGUGAUGAACGGCAGGGUGCAAGACCGCGUGGCCCCGGAGCAUGCGGGUCGGUUACGCGAUAUGAACACCGGCGAGAGGCGGGACUACACGAGCGCGUCCGGGAACGGCAUGAACAACAACUUUAACCGACCCGGCGUCGCCACCGUCGCCGACCGGUUCCAGGGCCGCGCACCCACCCAGACAAGCGACCCGCGAGGCAUGUUUGACAGCAAUACCGGUGACUACCAGGGGGGUGCUGGUGGCAACAAGGGAGGCUUCAACAAGGGAGGUGGCCGAUACAACGACAACCACCGUGGAGGUGGUGGGGGCAUGAACAACAAAGGAUCGUCUGGACGACCAGAUUUCAGCUACAGGGACGACCGAGUGGAGCGCAUGCAGAUGUCCGAGCGCAAGGACUACGGGAACCGGGAACGCAGGAAUAGUGGCAUGGACGGCGGCGACGAGGGCCGAACGCGCGGCGGCGGCGAGAGAGAUCGGAAAGCAGAGGAAAAAGAGGGGAAAUACAUGGUAUAAUACCGUACUUUAGUUCAUCAUUGUACUUGUGACUGUUUAAAAGGAAAGGCAUUCAUAAAUACUCAGGAGUGAUGAAAUGUGACGAAGCGUGGUGCGCCGCGAGGACUGAUUUUUAUACGUACUGAAUCCAUCCUGGCUUGGUAAUCUCUUGUACAAGUUUUAGUUUUAGAUAAACAAGAUCAACAAUCAUCUGUCUUCAGGUCGCCAAGAAACACUCCGAAAUUGGCUGCGCGCUGUUGACGUUCCGAGACGAGCGGCACCGAGACAUGCUCUGUUGGUUUUUUCAGCGGUCCGACAAGGACGAGGCGGUUCGCAACAGCAAGGAGCUGAUUCGCGACGGCGUCUACGUGAACAUCGCCGGGGUCUCCAUGUCGGUGAAGCCGCGGUCCGAGAAGGCCACCGGGGCCAAGAAGGACGUGCCGGCGGACAUCUUCGUCGGCUGGGGCCGCAAGACGGAACAAAGGAACCCGAUCUCCGCGCAAGUCAUCAUCGAAUUCUUUGACGAACAAGUGGAAAAGCUGGACCCGAAUGCCGCGGCCAAGUACGCCGCCGAGCAACAGGCCAGAAAAAAAUCCAACGACUUGUCCCGCGCGCCGACCCCGAGUCUUGGCGGGUUCGGGACUAAUAACCAGCAGCAGAACACGACCGGCGCGACCCCCACCCCGCAAAGCGCGACGCACAGUUACCAGCAACCGACGGGGGUGCCGACGCCGAUGGCAACCCCGCAAAACAAUAGUAGUGCCGCGCAGCAACUAGGACAUCAGCAGGGUAGUGCAGCAGGCAGUGCUUCGACCACUAACGUCGUAGUCCCUGGAGCUGCUGGUGUUCCAGGAGCUCCCCCGAGCCAGACACCGCAAUUGCCAGCAGGUGUACCCGCCCCAACGGCGCAACAAAAUUACACUAACAAUCAGCAGUACAAUCAGCAGCAACAGGCUGCAGUUGCGCAACAGCAGCACCAACAGCAGCAGCAACAACAGCAACAGCAGCAGCAGCAACAACAGCAGCAGCAACAUCAGCAGCAGCAACAACAGCACCACCAACAACAGCAUCAUCAGCAGCAGCAAGCGGCCUCGCAAAUCGGAAGCGCGAUGACGCCGGCAACGAGUGUGAUGCAACCGGGACAGACUUUGUUGAACCAACUCCAGCAGCAGGCACCGGGCAGCACAACGUCCAGCUUCGGUCAGUUGUCACAGCAGACAGCAUCGCAGUACGGACAACAGCCACUCUACGGUCAGCAACAACAGACUCCGGCGCAGCAGGCAGCGCAGCAACAGUACUACAACCAGUACGCUGCUCAACAACAGGCUGCCCAAGUGCAGCAGGCGCAGCAGCAGCAGCGGGCUGCCAUGCCGGGUGCAGCCCCGGGUGCACCUCCCGGCCCACCGGGACAGCAGGCAACUUCUGCGCAGCAGCAACAAUAUGCGCAGCAGUAUGCGCAGCAACAACAGCAGUAUGCGCAGCAGCAGCAACAGCAACCAAAUUACAAUCAACAGCAGCCGAAUUACAACCAGCAAUACGGUAAUGCGCCCGGAUUUGCGCGUCCGCAACAGUUGCCAGGUCAUCAGCAACCGAUGUACGGGCAAACGCCACAGCAGCAGCAGCAGAGCAUGUAUGCCGCACAGCAGCAGGCGAGUGCACAGCAGAAUAUGUACGCUCAGCAGCAGGCCGCGCAACCGGCUCAGCAGCAAAACAGCAUGAUGUUUCAGCCGAACCAGCAGCAACAGUAUGCGCAGCAGCAGGUAUAAUUGGAUUUGGAUCUUCACGAAUACACUCAACAAAGAGCGUCGCUCUCGGUAUUAUCGGAUGCAAGUGAUAGAUUUCUUUUUUCUUUGCUAUCUAUUAGCAGUGUAAGCAGAGGAAACUUGUUUUUCGAAUGACAUUCAAAACAGCAAUACGGCAAGCCUGGUGUUCCGGCGAACAACAUGUAUGCUCAACAGCAAAACUGGGACCAGCAAAGCCAGCAACCGCAACAAGGUCAAGGUGGUUGGGACGGAUACUACGGCUACAACCAGCAGUAUCAGCAGUAUUAAACGGCUGAAAUGUUGAAACUACUGUCAAACGACGGUGUACCUGUACGCACGCGCAUUUUGCGCCAAGUAAACAAUUGGGUCCUCAAUCGUACUAGAAAAAUAACGAUAGAUAAAAGUAACAAGUACAAGGCGGUUUCAAAUUUAAACGACAUGUUCAUUUUCAAGAUGAGAACGAAUUGAAAGUCAUAUUAACCAUAAGUUGAGCAGCUGCAUAUCGGAGCCUAGUCUGAUGUGCAGCAAACCCUUUUGAGCGAAAAAAUCCGGCACUCCUAGGGUUGGUGGGACGUAGAAGCUGGGCUGACCAACUCUGGGUGAAAGUAUGAUCUUAAUUUCCUCCGAUGAACAUGAAACUACAUCGGGAGCGCGCUGUGCCCGUACUUUUUCCGACAUUUUUUGCGCUGUUGUGUCGCUGCUGGACCUGGAUGCAUGACGAAGAAAAGUUUUACACUGUUGGAUGAAUCGAAAUCCGCCGUUUUUCUCACGAAUUUACAACUCAUUUUGAGAAUAAAGUUAAACGACAUCAGAUACAAUUUGAUUGCACUUGACGCUGUAAUAUAAAAUACGUGCGCCGCGCGCGCAGUAUGUAUUAAGUACUGGAUUGGUUUCGCUACCUAGCCGAACAGCUUUCAGUGGGUGGUUUUUGUUUUUCUCCUUUGUUUUCCCCUUUGCAACAUUUAUUGGGUCAUCGUCAUGGUAUGGGCCCACCGCAUUACCACAAAUGCACCAAUAUGCAUUCAGCUUCAGUUUCCCCUGCAGGAUAUUACCGCAACGCACUUUGCAUUUUCAUUGCGGAGUGGAAUUGCGAGUUGUGGUUUCAAGAACUGAGAAACUCCAAAGACGACCUGAAACCUUUAGGUUUAGAAAACGCACCCAUUAACAUCAUUAUGAGGAAUCAAUAUGAGCAGUAGCACCAAGACCAACGCACAGCACCAAGUAAAUCAAUACGACUUCGAUUUUAUUUCGACGUCAUGACAAUGGAGAAUACACACAUUCUGGCUCGGAUUUGCUUCCCUUUUGGAAGUAUACAGCAGGUUCGCAGGCUUACAUGUGGUUUGCUUCAUUAUCAUCUGUCAUCACUUUUCUUCUCAGCUGAUCUUUGCUGCGCUGUAGAAGUUUUUUGUACAACGAGUACGACUCGACUCUCUGUCAUGACCGGCUGCACCUGUGUUGUGACAAGAAUGCUUGAUUGUAGCUUGAGGUAUUUUCUUCAUCAUCUUCUUCUUUCUCCACAUACGACUAAAUUACGAUUUUGAGCUCAACAGUCACACCUUUCUGAUGAUUAUGAUAGCACAAGCACAACGUUAUAGUUAUUCUGACUUAUCCCGCGAGGCACCUUGUAGCAGUCCGCAAGGUCGUCAUUGAGCAAUUACGAUUUUACAAUUAGUAUGACAAAUGCGCAGGAGGUUCAUCUCAACUUCUCGUUCAUCUCACCUGGUACCUAGUAGCAGAACUAUUUACUUUUUUUCUGGAAAAUGACAAUGUCAAAUGUACUGUCUUUAACGCCGCGAAAAAAAUGAAAUUCAAAUUGCAGCGAAGAAGUAAC